AUGGCUCCUCGGCCUGCCAAAAGGCAGCGAAGAUCGACUCGAGUGAUAUCCGAUGAUGAAGAGGAAGAUCCGGUCCCAAACGGAUCGCCCAAGCCGACGCCCAGAACUCAGCGACAGUUGUCUCUCAGUGACAACGGCAGCAACUCAUUGUCAAUAUCACCGGUGUCAGCUAAGACCUGGAAUGCACAAUCUACGGCCAAGCGGAAACCAAAAAGCACACCGCAGACCAGUCCAGAGAAGCCACGAAAGAGCUCACGAAUCAAGAGCGAGCCUGACAAGUCGAAGUCGAUACAGAACUUCUUUGGGAAGGCGACAGACGACCAGAGAUGGCAACGGAACAAGUCAGGCACUCCUGAAGCGUCCGGCCUAGGAGAGGUAGAAGCAAUUGAGGACGAUGAGCUGUCAGACGAUGCCUUAAUUGCUCUGGCAGAAUCAGAGACUGUUUCGUCCACUCUCAGCCGGAAGAUUUUUACGUCUACAUCCAACGGCAAAACGACCACCAACGGCCACAGGUUCCUGAAACCUGCUGUACCAUUCAAGAGGCCUACCUUACCUGCGCCUCCACGACCUGCAAAAGAAGAGUCAGAGUCGCAGCCACCAUGGUCCGAGCGAUACGGACCCACAACCCUCGAUGAGCUAGCAGUGCACAAGAAGAAAGUCACAGACGUGCAGCAGUGGUUUGAGGCAGUCGUCUCUGGUCGCUCGCGGCAGAAGCUGUUGGUGUUGAAAGGUCCGGCUGGCAGCGGGAAGACUGUGACUGUGAACCUUGUUACGCAAGCCGUGGGUCUCAAUACAAUCACCUGGCAGAAUCCAGGCAUUGUCGACACCACAGUCAAUGGCUCAGCAGCAGCUCAAUUCGAUGAGUUCCUCAAUCGUGGUCAGUUUGGUAGCCUCGGGUUCGAUGGUGCCGAGUCUAAGGCGGAUCGCAGCGCUCAACAUCAGGCGCUGAUUGUCGAGGAAUUCCCGACGUCGUCAUCUCGCUCAGUUGGCCUUGACUCGGUUCGUGGCGCGGUCAGUCGCUUUCUGACAAGUGGUUCUGGCUCUGCCCAGCCCUUCAGAUCUACGAACACCGAGCCCGCAUGUCCAGCCGUCAUGAUCAUAUCGGAGACGCUGUUGAAUUCAUCCACAGCAUUCUCUGACAGCUUCACGGCACAUCGUCUUCUCGGACCAGAAAUCCUCAAUCAUCCUGCUACCACUGUCAUCGAAUUCAAUGCUGUCGCGCAAACUUUUGUCCACAAGGCCUUAGACCUUGCUGUGAAGAAAGAAGCUCGUACUUCGCUACGCCGCCGGAUACCUGGACCUGCAGUCAUGCAAAGAUUGGCCGAAAUGGGCGAUCUUCGAAACGCUGUCAAUGCGCUUGAGUUCCUUUGCGUCCGAAACGAUAGUAAUUCUGACUGGUCAGGCACUGUUGCGAGCAAAUCGAAGAAAUCUGCUAAGGACCAGAAAGACCUCACAGAAAUGGAGAAGGACUCGCUGAAGCUAGUCAGUCAGCGCGAAACCACGCUCGAUAUGUUCCAUGCUGCCGGCAAAGUAGUGUACAACAAGCGAGAGGAUGCUCGUGUACUAGACUCUCGAGCCGAGCCGCCACCGAAACCGCCAGAUCACCUCAUGCAUCUGUACAACCACAAAGAAUCACAGAUCGACAUCGACGCACUGUUCAAUGAAACGGGCGCCGACAUUCAGACUUUCAUCUCCUCUCUGCACGAGAACUACGUUCUAUCCUGCAAUGGUGACAGUUUCACAGACUAUUUCGACGACUGUGCCGAGAUGCUCUCCUUCAGCGAUGUCCUUAACCCUGAGUCACGACGAUCGAUCCGAUCAGGCGGCUCUGCUGCGAGGAACUAUGCCUCCAUUCAAACCGCCAGUACCGAUGCACUGAGGCAAGACGAGAUCAGCUUUCACGUUGCUUCAAGGGGACUGAUAUUCCAUCUACCAUACCCUGUCAACCGCGCAGCGCCGCCGAGUGGCAGAGCAGCCGACAAGUUCAAGAUGUUCUACCCCACGAGUCUGCGUCUAUGGAAGCCGACUGAGGAGAUUGACUCGCUGAUCUCGAUGUUCAUGCACGAAGAUCCCAAAGACGGUACUGUGAGUGCAUCGCGAUCAGCGAGUGGCGUUGCUGGAUGGAAGAACACUUCGUUCGGUCAGGGUCAGGCACCGCUAGAAGGGGAGGACAAAGAGGACAGCCCGGCUCGCAGAUCUUACCAGUCUAGAGUCGACCUGACGCUCGACAUCCUGCCAUACCUGGCCCGAAUCAAGGCCUCGCGGCAGAGAGACACGCGGCUCAUCAAUCGCAUCGUUCAAGUACAGAAUAUGUCUGUGCCACUCACGGGCGAUGAGCCAGAUGAUGAAGAGCCUGCGGAUGAGGCUAUCGUCAGUGCGACCAAAGUCAGGGGCGGAGGCUUUGCAGGCACUGGAAACGCGAGUAGCCGACGAGCUGCGGCGGGCAAGGUCGCUGCUAGCUUCACAAGCAGUACGAUUGGAAGUCGAGGCGAGGAAAGCACCAGCAGCCAAAUGGAAAACUUGUUCCUGGAGGACGAUGAUAUCGUGGACGACUGA